AUGUCAGACGACGAUAAUGAUGACCUUAAUUCCAAAGUUGCCGUUCUUCUAAUUGGGGUUGGAGCAGCAGCUAUUGUGGCAACAAUUUACCACUGCCUCGUCAUGACUUGGUGCUGCCGAUACCGGGCCAGGCCUAACCCACAAGAGCCACAACUCCAUGUGAACGAAACAAUUCUCGAGAAUUCUACAGCCCAAGUCAUCCCAUCCUAUGAGUACCGAAAGGAUACAGGCUUGACAGGUGAUAAUGGAACUUGCGCAAUUUGCUUGGGUGAUUUUGAAGAAGGAGAGCAACUACGUGAAUUGCCGGAAUGCUUGCACUCUUACCAUGUGGCAUGCAUCGAUAUGUGGCUCUACUCACACUCCAGUUGUCCCAUGUGCCGCACCGAUGCCAAGCAUUCUCAGCAAGUUUUCUCGAAUGCAAGGGAUUUAGAUUCUGAGAGAUCAUCAGAGCCAUACCGAGGUGUAGGUGUAUUACGAGGCAUUGUUGUGCAUCCUCGUGCCAUGUAA